UGGAGGAGUUCAAGCGCGGGCAGCGGUACGCCAACUGGCGCACCAACGAGGAUGCCACGGAGCCCGGCCAGGGCGGCACUCUGCUAUCAUCAACGCCCUACUACCACGAGCAGCACGGGGAGGGUCUCUUCACGCACAGCCUCUUCCGCCUCGGCAACCGCCUCCCCGACUGGGUGAAUCGGCUGGUGCCGCCAUCGGCUCUGGUGGUGGAUGAGAAGAGCUGGAUCAACUACCCCCACUUCCGCACCAUCAUCACCAUCCCCUUCUUCAGCAAGCUGCGCAUGGAGAUCGAGACCAUCCACUUGCAGGACGACGGUUCACACCCCAACGCCUUGGGAUUGUCGGCAGCUGAGCUGGCGCUGCGGCGGGUGGACUGGAUGGACAUUGGCAGCGAGCCCGUUUCUAAAAGGGAUUACAAGGCCGAGCUGGACCCGCUAUUGGUGCGGUCAAGGCUCACAGGUCGCGGUCCCCUAACCCCGGGGUGGCAGAAGAGGGAGCGGCCGCUGAUGUGUGCAUACAAGGUGGUGCGGGCCCAGGCGGAGUACUGGGGUGUGCAGAACAGUGCAGAGCGGUUGCUCAUCAACUCGCUCAGGCAGAUAUUCCUGCUAGCGCACAAGAACUGCUUCGGCCUCUUAGACCACUGGUACCCGCUCUCUCUCGAACAGAUCAUUGCAAUCACCGAAAAGCACAAGCCACAGGUUCAGGUCCCGAAGCCCCUCCCUCCUCCCGAACCUGCUGCCGAGCUUGCCCUAAAGCUUGCCUCCGUGCCUGGAGCUCGUAGCAAGAGGGUAGCGGGUGGUGUGGAAGAGGGUAGGGAGGGGAGGAUGAAUGAGCUGUUAGGGAGCGAGAGUGAGGGAGGGGAGGGGGAGGAGGAGGAGACGGAGGAAUCAGAGGAGGAUGAUGAGGAGUGGGACGAUGAUGGGGAGUUCUACGAAGCACAGAUGCAGUGGGCGGCAGAGGAGGAACUCUAUGGGGAGAAGAUACUUUCAGAUCUGGGUCAUCCGCUCUCCCUCUGCUUGGAUCAGCCCCCGCCCCUCUGCCCCCUCUGCUGUGCGCGCACGCAGCACCAGGGCGGGCAGCAGCAGGGUGGGGGAGGGAGGCCAGAAGGAGGUGGCAGUGCGACGCAGCAGCUGUGCCAAGAGGCUGCACCGGCUGUGCUCUGCGUGCCAUGUGGCGAGUUCUUCUGCCACCGCUGCUUUCAUGAGGUGAGGAUGCGAGAGGUGAGAGAGGGUGAUGAGAAGACGAGUGAUGAGAAGAGAGGUGGUGAGAGGAGGGGUGGUGAGAGGAGGGGUGGUGAGAAGAGGGGUGGUGAGAGGAGGGGUGGUGAGAAGAGGGGUGGUUAG